CCCUGUGUUGCUCCCUGUGAAUCAUAUAUCCCAGGCGGCUCUGCAGAUAUCCAAAGUCUUUGAUCAUUUAGGAGUUCAUUGUUGAUCUGUUCAUCGCAAGUGUUGUUACUGUAUUUAUUCAAGGAGGCUUGAAGUAGCUAAAGUGUAUAUGAUAUUCAAACUAUGUCGUGCUGUGGAAAACAAGCUGACAAGCCUUGUGACAAGGGAAUUAAAGAAAGUGUUAAAGAAUACUAUGGAAAACGCUUGAAGACUACAGAAGACCUGCAAACCAAUGUGUGCACACAACCAUGCGGUAAAAUACCACAGCACGUUAAAGAUGCCUUGAAGAUGUGCCAUGAUGAAGUCAUUUCCAAAUACUAUGGUUGUGGAUUGGUGUUCCCAGAAGUCCUUGAAGGCACAAAUGUCCUUGACCUUGGUAGUGGAUCUGGUCGUGACUGCUUUGUACUCAGCAAGAUGGUUGGUGAAAAAGGUCAUGUGGUAGGGGUUGAUAUGACGCAAGAGCAGAUUGAUGUAGCCAACAAGUACCAUGAUUAUCAUGCAGAAAAGUUUGGCUACUCCAAGCCAAAUACUCAAUUCAUAUUGGGAGACAUUGAAAACCUGGGUGAAGCUGGAAUCAAGGAUGGUUCUGUUGAUGUCAUUGUCUCAAACUGUGUUGUCAACUUGACUUCAAACAAGAAAUCAGUAUUACAGGAGUCAUUUAGAGUACUCAAGGAAGGUGGUGAAUUGUAUUUUAGUGAUGUUUAUGCUGAUCGCCAUUUGUCCGAUGAUAUUAGAAAACAUGAAGUUCUUUGGGGAGAAUGUAUUGCUGGUGCACUAUGGUGGAGAGAACUAGUGGAUCUUUGCAAAGAGGUUGGUUUAAGUGGACCAUACCUUGUGGAUGGAAAUAAAACUGUUGUUGAAAAAGAGGAACUGAAGAAAGUACUUGGUGAUGCUGCUUUUGUCUCAGCCACCUACCGACUUUUCAAGGUCCCCAGAUUAGAUGACAACGAAGAUGGGUUUGAAGCUACGUAUAAAGGAUCUAUUGAAGGUUUCCCAGAAAAAUAUAAGUUUGACGUUUUUCACACUUUUGAGACUGGCAAGCCACAAGACAUCUCAGCCAACAUGGCUGACAUACUUCGACAGUCACGUUAUGCAAGCCAUUUUGACGUCACUUCCAGUUCUAGUGCCCCAAAAGAGCCUGUUCGGGAUGCCUAUGCUAUUGCUGAUCCAUUCAAAGGUCUGGGCAUCGAGAUGACCAACAACAAAACAGCCAAAUCUUGCUGUGGGUCCAAGCCUUGUUGCUAGGGAGUUAGAGUCACAUGCAAUUCCUUACUGACCAGCUUGUUUUAAACACUUUAGAAAAGCGAAUAUAAAACUAAUUGCUGUGCCAAUCCCCACCCGACCCUAACCUACCUAACCCUACCCACCCUACCUAAUGCACCCCAC